UGGCCUUCUGCUCUGGAUCUGGUACAGCAAGGUGAACCGUGAGAACACAAUCCCUUGUUAGUACUAUUUGUCAGCCAUGAAUUGGAUCUGAGCAGAGCACCGUUCCUACUUAGAUAACUUUUGCAGAGGUCAGAGCCUCAGAGGGAGGCCGGUGGUAGGUAGGCUUCUGCUUCUCCUCCGGCCUCGGCGGUCCGAGCAGAUUCUCUUGACCGGUGUGCUGCUCUGAUGCCGUCUUCCCCGUGUCAACUAACACUGCACAGUAAACUACCAUAAAGAGAUGGACCCUGGGAAUGGUUUUCUUGCUGCUAAGCUAACUGAUGAUCUGGUGGUGGAGAUCCUCUCCUGGCUGCCUUUCAAGUCUUUUUGCCGCUUCAAAUGUGUUUGCAAGGCCUGGCUUGCCUUAUCCUCUGAUCCGCAAUACUGCAAGAAGCUUCUGAAAAUUACAACAGGUCUUCUCUACCAACGACGUUAUCACUCUGCUAUUAAGCUCGCUAGCCUGCCCCACAAUGAUAAGGAUUUUGAUGAAGCUCUUAGUUUCCUACCACAGUAUGAGCAAUUAGAGCUGAUGGACUCUUGCAAUGGCCUAGUCCUUUGUAAGUACAAGAACAACUAUACUCCUCAAGGUAUUUGCCGCUUUAUCGUGUGCAAUCCGGCAACACGAGAGUGGAAGAUACUCCCUGACACUCCUCUUAGCCAUUAUGACCCUUUUUACAAUAUGAGUAUUCUGGCCUUCAGCACAUCAUGGUCGGCAAACUUCUACGUCUUCAACUUUCAGCGGCUGAGUACCCUUCGUUUGGGAUUUGGCCCUGUCAAACUUCAGGUGUUCUCGUUUGAUCUUUCCUCUUGGUUUCUGGAUGAUGCAUCAUGGCUCUCUGAGACAAUGGUUUCUCAACCACACCUGUUUAUUGAUGGAGCACUGUAUGUGCGGACAGAUUUGCAUGAGAUUAUGGUACUGAAGAGCUUGGAGGAAACUAGUUCUGGCAUUCUACCCUCUCUUCGGACUAUUGAGUUGCCGCAUGAAGAUGUUGGUUUUAUUGCUAGGUUUGGCCAAUGUUGCUUCGGCCAAUCUUCGGGGGCCUUGCAUUACGCAUUGCCAGAGGAGGAUGCUCGUACAAUUCUUGUUUGGGGUCUUGAUGUUGAUGAGCCUUAUGAGUGGAGCCUCAAGUACCGCCUCAGUAUGAGCCAUGCAUUCGGAAGGGACAACCUUUGUCAGUAUGACUCACAUUCCUGGAAAUGUGACUAUGAGGUCAUCGCUCUUGACCUGGAGAACGAUGGUCUUGUCCUAUUUGAUGAACGGGCAGAUAAGCUUCAUUUGUACAAUAUAAGAACCGGUGAACUUAACGUGAUUCAACCAGAUAACCACCGCUGCCGCAGUUUGGAAGACGAAUACUACCAUUAUGUGGCAUCCUACUCAAAGCUCCCUGCUUUAACCAUGUAGUCGGUACCGUAUUUGUUUGGCUUUUGAGUGUCGCACCUCUUUAUGCUGUCAAACAAUGCAGAGGCAGUUCUUCUCUCUGUCAAGUGCUAUUUAUGGAUUGUAAUCUAGGACCAUUUUUUUGUUUUCUUGAACCUAUUCAUGUCCAGUAGUACCAAUAUUAAUGAGGUUAGCUCUAUUCUGUCACUGAUUGUAGCAGCAGCUGCAUGUAAGCUGGGAGCUAUGUAUUCUGCCCUAGCCAUCUCUCUGAAAAUAUAAU